AGCACUUUACACUGACUGCUCAUCUUCUAAACCAGGCACCUGUCAAAGACAGAAAUAAAAACAGGUCUGUGAUUCAGACUGUUCCCUGAUGCUGGGAGGUUUUCAGUGUGGAUAAGACAAACUUAAAGAAACCUGGCGAAGGGAUUCAAGCAGAGAAAUCUGUCACGUGACAAGAAAAAUCACUUCCGGUUUUUGUGGACUGACGUUUUGGUGGUGAAGAAGAUCGACGUGAUGACGUCACGGCGCAGCGUGUUUCUGGUUUAAACGCACCGGGUUUGGUCUCUUUAACUCGUCCAUGUUGUGGUGAUGAUGUAACUCCGCCCCUCCCGCUGGGCGGGGCUCGGUACUGCAGCACAGCAUCCACCACAGCAUCCAUCACAGACCCGCUGCUCAGGAUUAGAACUACACCGGAUCCAGGACCGACAGGAUCCAGAGACCGAGAGUCCGAGGACCGACACACACGCGGUCACUAUGUUCGGAGGCGUGUCCGAGCGGAUCAAGAAGGACCGGCAGAGGGCUUUAGGUCUGGGCUCGGUCCAGCAGGCCGUACGCUACCUGAACCAGGAUUUCCAGGCCCUGAGGGACGACUGUCUGCAGAAUGGAUCCCUGUUCGAGGACCCGAUGUUCCCCGCAGAACCGGCCUCGCUGGGCUUCAAGGAGCUUGCACCGUUCUCCACCAAGACCAGAGGGGUGGAGUGGAAAAGACCGACGGAGCUGACAGAGGACCCUCAGUUUAUCGUGGGCGGAGCCACCAGGACCGACAUCUGUCAGGGAGCUCUGGGAGACUGCUGGCUGCUCGCUGCCAUUGGCUCUCUGACUCUGAACGAACGGCUGCUGCAUCGCGUCGUUCCUCACGGUCAGAGCUUCAACUACCAAUAUGCUGGCAUAUUCCACUUCCAGUUCUGGCAGUUCGGUGAGUGGGUGGACGUGGUGAUCGACGACCGUCUGCCCGUCAAAGACGGAGAGCUGAUGUUCGUCCACUCAGCUGAAGGCAGCGAGUUCUGGAGCGCUCUGCUGGAGAAGGCCUACGCCAAGCUGAACGGCUCGUACGAGGCGUUAUCUGGUGGCAGUACCACUGAAGGUUUCGAGGAUUUUACAGGGGGAGUGGCGGAGAUGUACGAGCUGAAGAAAGCUCCCAGAGAUCUUUAUCGUAUCAUCAGCAAAGCUCUGGAGAGAGGAUCCCUGCUGGGCUGCUCCAUCGACAUCACCAGCGCCUUCGACAUGGAGGCUGUGACCUUCAAGAAGCUGGUGAAAGGUCACGCCUACUCUGUGACCGGACUCAGACAGGUGGAGUACCGCGGUCGACAGGAGCGUCUGAUCCGGAUCAGAAACCCCUGGGGUCAGGUGGAGUGGACCGGGGCCUGGAGCGACAGCUCCUCAGAGUGGAACUCCAUCGACUCUGCAGAGAAAGACGAGAUGCUGUGUAAGAUGGAGGACGGAGAGUUCUGGAUGUCUUUCCAGGAGUUCCUGCGUCAGUUCUCCAGGCUGGAGAUCUGUAACCUGACCCCCGACGCCCUCAGUCAGGACACCACCAGCUUCUGGACCACUGUAACGUUUGAAGGCGGCUGGAGAAGAGGAAGCACCGCCGGGGGCUGCAGGAACCAUCCCAACACGUUCUGGAUCAACCCUCAAUAUAAGAUCUCCCUGCUGGAGGAGGACGACGACCCUGAGGACGACGAGGUCGCCUGCAGCUUCCUAGUGGCUCUGAUGCAGAAAGACCGCCGCCGCUACCGCCGCCAGGGACAGGACAUGCACACCAUUGGCUUCGCCAUCUACGAGAUUCCUGAUGAGUACCGAGGCUGUCCCAGCGUCCACAUGAAGAAGGACUUCUUCCUGCGUCACUCCUCCUGCGCUCGCUCCGAGACCUUCAUCAACCUGAGAGAGGUGAGCACCAGGCUCCGUCUCCCGCCGGGCGAGUACCUGGUUGUCCCAUCGACCUUUGAACCCUCGAAGGAGGCCGACUUCGUCCUGAGGGUGUUCACGGAGAAACAGUCGGAGAGCGAGGAGAUGGACGACGACGUGGAGGUGAACCUGAGUGAAGAGGAGGAGAUCUCAGAGAGUGACAUCGACGAAUCCUUCAGGUCCAUGUUUGCUCAGCUGUCUGGAGACGACAUGGAGGUCUCAGUGCGAGAGCUCAGGACCAUCCUGAACCGGGUCGUGUCCAAACACAGAGACCUGCAGACUGAUGGUUUCAGUAUGGAGUCCUGCAGAGCCAUGGUCAGCCUCAUGGACAAAGACGGCAGCGCUCGGCUUGGUCUGCUCGAGUUUCAGAUCCUCUGGAACAAGAUCAGGAAGUGGCUGGGAAUCUUCAGAGAGUUUGACCUGGAUAAAUCCGGAUGUAUGAGUUCCUACGAGAUGCGUCUGGCGCUGGAAAAUGGCGGGUUCAAACUGAACAACAAACUGUAUCAGAUGCUGAUCGCUCGAUAUGCCGACAACGAGAUCAUCGACUUCGACAACUUCACCUGCUGCCUGGUCAAACUGGAGGCCAUGUUCAAGGCGUUCCAGGAGCUGAACAAAGAUGGGACAGGAACUGUGGAGAUGAACAUGAUGGAGUGGCUCUGUAUGACCAUGUGUGGAUGAGGUUACUUCCUGCUGAUGAUGAGGUCACUUCCUGCUUUUCCUGCUUUAACUUCAAAGUGCCUCCGACAGGAAGAACAGCUCUAACCUGAACUCGUCCCACUGCAGUACCACACUGCAGCACAGUACUGCAGUACUACUGCAGUACUGUGCUGUGCUCAGGACAUCAAAGUCUUCCAACGUCAGUUCCCGGUAUGGAGGAUCGCUGCUGCCAGAACAGAAAUACAGCAUGAAAUAAAAAUUCUCAGAGAACUCAUCAUCAGUUUUAAGUUUUAAUUUACAAUCCAAAUAAUCGUCAAUUUUCGUGCCCUGAAUCCUGAAGUGAGCAGGUCCUCAGAUUUAGUGACUGAUUCUGAGACCUGGUUCCAUUUGGUAAAACACCUUUAAUAUUCAUUCAUGUUCUCUGUUUAGUUUCUGUCGUUACAGAAGUUGAAAAUGAAAAAAAACAGUCUGAUAAAUAAACGUGUGUUGUUACCAACAAACAUGGCCGACCGCUGAAACGCUCCAAAGUCUGUGGCAGUGUUGAUCCUCCAUACACUGAGCUGUAAACCUGAGCAGACAGUGGUAAACUGCAGUGGAAUACAGUACUACAUACUCACAGUACUACAAUACUACUGCAGUACUACAUAUUUACAGUACUAUAAUACUACUACAGUACUACAGUAUCACAGUACUGAAGCCUGAUCACUGUAAACUCUGCUGCUGUAUUUAAUCACUGUCUCAGAUACUUGAUGACCUUGGCUUUAUUUAUUUAUUUAUUUAUGAGAUGGAGCUGCUUCCUGUUACACCACCUCCUCCUCCUCACCUCCAUCACACCUCCUCCUUCUCCUCACCUCCACCCUUGACUCCUGAUCCUCUUCAGGUUCUUCUCACCUGAAGAUGCAGGUGAGGAGGACUGAAGGAGGAGUUCAGCCUGUUUUCUGGUCAGUGAAGGCCUCAUCGGGUGGAGGCAGGUGAUGGAGGCUUUCAGGUUCAGCUCGGUCAAACAGGCGCUAACGUAGCAGAUCCUUAUGGAAACAUCAGCUUCAUGUUUUCACUUAUUAAAGAAAAGGAAACGGA